AUGGACCGUGAGGAGCGCGCCGCGGCGGCCGAGCAGCUGCGGCUGUACCGGCGGGACCCCGGCGGCUGGAGGGGCUGCCGGAGCACGGGCGAGGUCGCGGUGUCCUGGAGACCCUCGGCGGAGUUCGCUGGUAACCUGUACAGGGGAGAGGGGAUCCUGCCCGCCAGCCCGCGGGAUGUCUGGGAAUGCAUCAAGCCGGUGGCCGGCGGGCUCAGGACCAAGUGGGACCAAAACGUGAAGGAUUUCGAGGUCAUCGAAGCCCUCACCGAUACUAUCUCUGUAUGCAGAACCACAACCCCUUCAGCUUUCAUGAGGAUUAUUUCACCAAGAGAAUUUGUGGAUGUGGUAGUAAUGAAGCAAUAUGAAGAUGGGACAUUGCUAUCUGCUGCCACCAACGUGGAACACCCACUGUGUCCACCUCGACCAAAUUUUGUGAGAGGUUUUAAUUACCCUUGUGGCUGUCUCUGUAUACCUGUUCCAGGGGAACCAGACAGGACUCAGCUCCUCACUUUCUUUCAGACGGAUCUUGGUGGCUACCUUCCCCAGACAGUGGUGGAUUCCUUUUUUCCAUCUAGCAUAUCUGGAUUUUACAGUAACCUGACCAAAGCUGUUAAGACAUUAAAAGCAUGACAAGAUGAGUUGCUGACAUCACCAGCUGAGGGUAGGAAAA